GGUUCUAAUCCCUCUGCCAUUCCAGAAUGGAUCUGCGGCCCUACCAGUGGGAAGUGAUCGUGCCUGCUCUGGAGGGCAAGAAUAUAAUUAUAUGGUUGCCCACGGGCGCUGGGAAGACCCGGGCAGCUGCCUUUGUGGCCAAGAGGCAUCUAGAGACAGUAGACGGUGGCAAGGUGGUGGUACUGGUCAACAGGGUGCACCUGGUGAACCAGCAUGCUGAAGAGUUCAGGCGCAUGUUGGAUAAUCGCUGGACCAUGACAACCCUGAGUGGGGACAUGGGACCACGACCCGGCUUUGGCCUGAUGGCCCGGAGCCAUGACCUGCUCAUCUGCACAGCAGAGCUGCUGCAGCUGGCACUCAUCAACCCAGAAGAGGAGGAGCACGUGGAGCUCACAGAGUUCUCGCUGAUUGUGGUGGACGAGUGUCACCAUACCCACAAGGACACCGUCUACAACAUCAUCCUGAGCCGGUACCUAGAGCAUAAGCUGCAGAAGGCAAAGAGACUUCCCCAGGUGCUGGGUCUCACCGCCUCCCCAGGCACUGGCGGGGCCACCAAGCUCCCAAGGGCCAUUGACCACAUCCUACAGCUCUGUGCCAACUUGGAUGUGUGGCGCAUCAUGUCACCAGAGAAUUGCCACCCUCAGCUGCUCGAGCACAACCCGAAGCCCUGCAAACAGUAUGACCUCUGCCAAAGGCGCAAAGAGGACCCUUUUGGAGACUUGCUAAAAAAGCUUAUGAGCCAAAUCCACCAGCAACUAAAGAUGCCUGAACUGAGCCAGCAAUUUGGAACCCAGACAUACGAGCAGCAAGUGGUGGAGUUGAGCAAGGAUGCGGCACAGGCUGGGCUCCAGCAGCGACGGGUAUAUGCGCUGCACCUGAGGCGCUACAACGAGGCGCUGUUGAUCCAUGACACUGUCCGUGCUCGGGACGCUCUUGACAUGUUGCAAGACUUCUACCGUGGAGAACGCACCACGAAGACCCAGAUGCUGCAUGCUGAGUGCUGGCUGCUGGAGCUGUUUGAUGGCCAUAAGAAUGAGCUGGCCCAAUUAGCAGCUCAGGGACCUGAGAAUCCGAAGUUGGAGAUGCUGGAAGGGAUCCUGCUGAAGCAAUUUGGGAGUCCCAACCACCCUCGGGGCAUCAUCUUCACCCGAACCCGCCAGAGUGCCUACUCCCUCCUGCUCUGGCUUAGGCAGCAGCCUGGCCUUCAGAAUAUGAAUAUCAAGGCCCAGAUGCUGAUUGGAGCAGGGAAUACCAGCCAGAGCGCACACAUGACCCAGAAAGACCAGCAAGAAGUGAUCCACCAGUUCAGGAAUGGUAUCCUGAACCUUCUGGUGGCCACAAGUGUGGCAGAGGAGGGGCUGGAUAUCGCCAAGUGCAGUGUGGUGGUACGCUAUGGGCUCCUGACCAAUGAGAUCUCCAUGGUCCAGGCCCGGGGCCGCGCUCGAGCUGGGCAGAGCGUGUACUCCUUUGUGGCGACAGAGGACAGUCAGGAGCUGCGGCGGGAGCUGACCAAUGAGGCUCUGGAGGUGCUGAUGGAGCAGGCGGUGACUGCAGUACAGAAGAUGGACCCCAAAGAGUUCAAGGCCAAGAUCCAGGAGCUGCAGCUGGAAGCUCUGGCUAAGCGGGCAGCGCGUGCAGCCCAGCGGGAGAGUCAGCAGAGGCAGUUCCCACCGGAGCGCGUGCAGCUCCUCUGCAUCAACUGCAUGGUGGCGGUGGGCUACGGGAGUGACCUGCGGAAGGUGGAGGGCACCCACCACGUCAAUGUGAACCCCAACUUCUCGGUCUACUAUACCAUCUCCCAGAAGCCUGUGGUCAUUAACAAGGUCUUCAAGGACUGGAGGCCAGGGGGGACCAUUAACUGCAGUAACUGUGGGGAGGUCUGGGGCUUACAGAUGAUCUACAAAUCAGUGACCUUGCCAGUGCUCAAAAUCCGAAGCAUGCUCCUGGAGACCCCUCACGGGAAGAUCCAGGCCAAAAAGUGGUCCCGGGUCCCCUUCUCAGUACCUGACUUCGACAUCCUGCAGGACUGCGCCCAGAGCCUGGCUGAUCUCUCGCUGGACUGACCCCUUGUGGCUGUAAUACCUAACUCAGGCUGCAGGGGGCAGGGUAGUUCAACAGACCAUUCUCCUCUCCCUGGGAAGUACUGUAGUCAUGGGGAGUGGAGUACCCUUUAUUCUGCCCCAGAUAUUCUUAUAUACAUUAGAUGGAGUUGGGAAACUGA